AUGGCCUCGUUUGGUAGGGGCAAUGGAUACGGCCACUUGCACUCCUUCUCCGGCUUUGGCGCCCGUUUGCGAAACCAGCGUGGUAGGCUGGAUCCAGAGCCGGCUGACUUAGAUCUGGAUUUUAGUUCGUCGCUGGAGGUGGACCUGGGUGCAGGAUUAGGUACCGGGGUCCAGCGUGACUCUUUUGGCUUCUCGUCCCACUCCGGCAAUCCUGCUCGGCGCGGCCUGAAGGCAGCUAGCUUCCAGCAUGCGCCAAAUACAGGAAGCGCGAGACCUGGCAGUGUGCUGCAGGGUCUAGAACAAAUGCCGUUUGACCACCAGAUCAGGGGGAUGCGGUGGCGUGGAGAUGGUGUGUGCUGCUUUAUCUUAGCAGGUAGUGGGGGCAUCGAUGCCUUCCGCGCUUCUCGCGUACUGCCACACUUGCUCCACCUCAGCACGCUGAGCAACGGGCACCUGUCACAAGCUGAUCUGAGUGGAUUCCGCGCCUGUGUCCUCUUGGCAGACCUCAUGGAGUGGCCGGCUAACUCGGACAAUGCGCAGGACUUGUUGUCUGCGUGUAAAGAGCUGGCAUCCAACGGGUCAGCUGUUGCUGUUGUUGCUGUGCUCCUGUCCCCUAUUCCGGGUGGACCUGACAGAGAUGCAGCUUCCACUUCUGCAUUGCAGAGCGCGGUGCUUGGAGCUGGAGCAGACUGCGUGCUCUUCUCGUGCCCGACACAUCCGGUGACAUUCCGACACCUGCAGACAGCUAUUCAAGGCACAGAGGCAUGGCACGAGAGGAUUGCUGAAGCCAUUGAGAGUGCCCAGGCAAAGCUGGCUAGGGCACAGGAGCAGCGUUGGCAGAGGCAUUACCAAAUUGCUCUUCGAAAGAUUGUAUGGAAAGCUCCGCAGACAGUCUUCCCUCACAUUCCUCAAGAAGAUGCAGACCUAGACGAGCGCGAAGAUGGCGUCGGUGACUGUUCAUUCAUUCGCGUGAUUGGGUCCGGUGCCUUUGGAAGUGUUUUUCUUGGACGACACCCCAGGCUUGGGGAUGUGGCGGUGAAGGCCAUCAAGAAGGCUUCCAUCAAGAACAUUUUCGACCUUGCCAAGGUAGAACGGGAACUCAGCAUUCUUAUGGGGGUGCUUGACCAUCCGAACGUGCUGCAGAUUUUGUUGUGCCUGCAUAGCGCGAACAACCUCUACAUUGUUAUGGAGUUUCUUGGGGAGUACACGCUCCACACCUAUCUGCAGCUUCGGCAGUCGGGCUCAGCUCGCAAUGUGGUCAUGCUGCCAUUUCAGGAGGUACAGAGCAUUUUCGGCGAUAUUCUGAAGGCUAUUGCCCAUUGUCACGCCGCUCAUGUGUGCCAUCGUGACCUGAAGUUCAAGAAUAUGAUGAUCGAUGCAAACAGCCGUGUGACCAUGGUGGACUUCGGGCUAGCAGUGCAAGUCGCACCGGGGCAAGAGCUACACGACUCCUGCGGCACGGUGCCUUUUGCUGCGCCCGAGGUGAUGAUGUGCAGCCCGACGAAGGGCUAUGAUGGCACGGUGGCAGAUACGUGGAGCCUGGGCAUCAUCGGGCUCACUUCUGAUGAUGAAAACAACUUUGAGCAUAUCGCGCAACAAUGCCUGCUCUUGUGCACCGACUACGUGCACCAGCUCGUCUUAUCCUACGCAGGUAAAGAUAUGCAAGGCAUGCAUCGCAAUGACCUCGUCAAGACGAUGCGGGGGGUCUUCCGCGAGAACCCGAAAGCCCGCAUGUCUGUGCGGGACAUUGGGGCCUUGGAGGCCUUCUCCGCCAAGGCUGGUCCACUUCCCAAGGCGAAGAAGCAUCGCGGUGAGAAUGACGAUGAUGAGCGCUCCUCUUGGACGCAGUCCCAGUAUUCCUAUCCCAAGAGUGGGGGCAGCGGUGAGGGCGAAGAGACGCUGUCAGACCUGUCUCUGCAGGAUUGGAUUGGUCCAGAGAACGAACAAAACACUCGACCUGUGCAGCCUCUGGUGGAGCGCAUAGGUGGCUCUCAAACGGUGGUGAAGGUGGUGGGCACGGUGUACGACUGGUUGUUGCCCCGCCCAGAGUUUGGACGAUUCUUUUUGGCCUGCCCUUUGAAAAUGGGACGGAUUCGGGCUGGUAUAAGUUCCUUCUUGACGGAGCUGCUGGAAGACUCGGGGAAGGUGGAUCUGGACAUGUUGUCGACGGUUCACUGGAACUUGGGCGUGUCGGACUUCCUGUUCACAGACUUUGCAGAUGCCCUGCUUGAAGCGUUUCGAACGUGGGGGUCGCGAGGUGACUCUUCCAUGGCCGAAAUUCAGGCCUGCAUCGAGAAGCUCCGACUCCCCAUCACAGCCGGCCACCGAGCUCGCCUGGCAGCUGCACAGACAGACCGCUGCCCUCAGGAGAUCGUGUGGCUGAUGAGUGCCUUGGGCAUUGCGCCUGAAGACUUUGCCCAAGCGCUCUCAGACCUGCUGACGCAGGACGCAAGACUGGAGGCCUGUUUGAAUGAGGCUGAGAAGAGGAGCGAGAUGGCCACCUUGACAAUUCUACAGCAAUUCUCGAGGACGCUCUGGCAAGGCACUAUCGAUGCAGCCAUGGAGGUCGUGAUCUCCGGAGAGCAGUCGCUCUUUCAACAGGAGAUUGGGGCCGUGACGCUGUUCUGUGAAAAUGUCCGGCAAGUCCUCACGGAGACAGGCUUGGAUGACAAUGAUGCCAAGGAUCUGCAAGUUCUGAUGGAGCAUUCUGGCGAGUUGGUGCUCAAUCGAGCCCGCAAUGCCAGACUUGUGCAGCCACCUAGCAUGGCGCAUGACGUUGUGUGGUUCCAGAAAACGCUGCUGGAUUUAUGCAAGGCUGACUCGUACCUGCAAUUCUUUGCAGAGAACCCAAGAAUGCCAAGCUGCCUGCAGUCCAUCUUCAAGCUGAUCAUGAACGGAGGCACGCCCCCUGCGGGCGCAUCCUUCUCCAGCAAGCUCCGCAGCGCCCACCAGGACCUAUACUUGACCGAUGCCCGGUACAGUGCCUUCAUUUCGCAGUUGGACAAAGUGCUUCGGGCAAUGUUCCCAUGGCCAGUGCACCCUGCAGCAGUUGCUAACAGCAACAUUCGGUCUUUGGAGGGCUUUCGAACAGAGGUGCUUUGUGGCAGCACUUUGCGAAGCUCCAGGCUCCAAGCAGUCGAAGGCAUGCUGAACUCAAACACCGACUCCAGCAAGCAAAGGGUUGCACGCAAUGCGCGGAAGGGCCGCGUGAUGUCAGCCAUGCAGAGGUGUGCAGGGAAGCUGUUUGAUGCGAUUGCUUCGGACCUGCGAGUCUCAGUUUUCUUCCGCAACACCGAUCCCGCGUGCAAGGACCGAAAAGCCACAUACCUCGGCUGCGCUAUGGGAGGUUCGCUGCCAACCGUCACUCCCAGCGGUCUUAGUACUGCCACAAGCCCAGCGAGCCCAGCAUCCUUCUCCUCAGUCGGCUCGGCCCCGGCCCCCCUGUCGCCCACUUCCAGUCUGAAGCAACAGCACCGGCUUUUCCGGAUCACUGACUACCACUUCGACGUGUUCCUAGAUCAUGUCCGGACUGCCUUGGGCGGGGAGGAUCCGGAGGCUGCAGAUCUGGCACCUGCACAGUUGGAGAGCUUGAGGCAGCAUGUGGUCCUCACCUCCCGGGCCAGCCAGUGCCCGGUGUCUGGGAAUACAGCGUCAAGUGGUCGGGCCUGCCCCUUCGCACGGCGGAUGGUGGAUGGCAGUGCCCCACUUCUGGACAGAGUUGGCGGAUCUGAAGAGAUCGAGAAGAUUCUGAUCCACAUGGAGCGGGAGGCCGCGUCGUCUUCCAUCCUGGUUCCCUUCCUCCAGAACAUGGACUCAUUACCGUGCCGGACCCAGAUUCAGCACCUUUUGGCCACGGCGGCGGCAGGCAACCAUCUCCCUCAAGUAGACAAGGAUCGCCUCCAACGUGCCCAUGGCAAUCUACACUUGUUUCCAGAGCAUUGCGAGAAGUGGUUAAGUUGCUUCAACAAGAGCAUGGUGGCACAUAUCUUGCCACCAGAGGUCGCAGAAAAACUGCAGACCUGCUUUCAGACUUUGGUUUCGUCCAUCGUCUCUCCACUUGCGAACCAGAAGGUGUCAGAUGAGGAUGCGGAGGAAGACAGAACUAACGAAGACAAGCCCGAGGUUGAUUGGGGCAGGCUUCAAGGAUUGAUUGACGAGCUUGAAGGCGAGAAGGGCUUGACCAAGUUGAUUGAGAAUUGGUACCACAACAUCAGCGAGGAGCCCUCCAUCAAUGUAUUUUUCACGGGCUCUAGGCCCCAAGUCAUGAUGUUCCAGACUCGCUUCUGGAAGAAGGUACUGCGUUCUGGCCUAGAGCCAGAUGGUCGAAGGCAGCUGCAGCUCAUAAGCGUUCACCAGCAUCUCCGCAUCACCCACAACCACUUCGAUGCGUUUGUGCGGUGUCUCAUGCUGGCGUGUGAACAGCUGAAUCUAAGCCAGCCAUCGGCCAACAACAUGAGAGCGGCUGUUGAGUGCUUCCGGCCGCAGAUAGUUUCGGAACCCUAG